UGCUUACAUCCUAUGACACGCACAGUACGAAUAAACGACGAAAUACUCUCCUUCUACCACCAAAAUUGAUCCUGUACCAUUCUAUCUGUCUCAAAGUGGCCCAGAUAAUCAUGACUCCUCAACCCCUCCCCACCAUCCGCCGCCUCGUCACCAGUCACAACAAUCAAGGCAAAGCCAUCGUGUGGAAGGACUCCGACAUCCACGCAACCCAAGCCGAGCAUGGACCCUUCCUCACACGGAUAUGGUCAUCGGCCACUCUGCCUCCGGACCUCAAUACCUCGGACGAUCUAGGCCAAGUCGAUACAGGACUAGCCAACAAGGGCACUAUUUGUCGUAUUGUCGAUUUUCCACCGCACUCGGUGGGCAUGGUCCAUCGAUCGAUCACUCUGGAUUAUAUUCAUGUGCUCGAGGGUGAAGUCACGUUGACACUCGAUGAUGGGUCAAGAACAAAGGCACGAAAGAAUGAUGUUGUGGUGCAGCAGGGGACAAUGCAUGGUUGGGAUAAUGAGACUUCGGAGUGGGCGCGACUGCUGUGUAUUUUGAUUUCCGCGAAACCGCCUGUCGUUGAGGGUGAGGAGUUGGUGGCGGAGGUUCCGUUUCAAGUUUAGGGAUUAUACUAUGAUUGGAAAGAUGGCUUCUGGGGUUGGGGUAGACACCUGUCGCGGAGAGGGCUUUCCGGGCUGCCUCGUUCAAGUCAUUUAGGGCUUGAAGUAGAAUUGAUCUAUGGACUGUCAGAGAAAUCGUCUACAGGUCUUGGAGACACGAUUUCCCAAAUGCAUA